AGCAUCAGUACAUUCUUUAUCAACAAAGAACAGCCAAAAACUGACCUCGUUAUAUACACUCACAACAAUCCUCUCUCUUUGAGCUGCAAACAUUAAAAAAAGGCUGAGAGGCAGAGAGUUAAAGAGGGUUUAGUUGUGUCUCAAAACUGAAAAAAUGGCUGUAACACUCAGCAGUGGGUUCAAGAUGCCCUUAGUGGGCUUCGGUGUUUGGCGUGUGGAAGGCAAGGACAUCAAGGACCUUGUUAUCAAUGCCAUCAAAAUUGGGUAUCGCCAUUUUGAUUGUGCUGCUGAUUACAAGAAUGAAACCGAAGUUGGAGAGGCACUUGCAGGAGCAUUUCAGUCCGGACUUGUGAAGAGAGAGGAUCUUUUUAUUACUACAAAGCUUUGGAAUUCAGACCAUGGUCAUGUUUUUGAGGCCUGUAAAGACAGUUUGAAGAAGCUUCAGCUAGAUUAUCUGGAUCUGUACCUUGUUCACUUCCCUGUAGCUACCAAGCAUACCGGCGUGGGUACCACUGACAGUGCUUUGGAUGAGGAUGGUGUGCUGGAAAUAGAUACAACCAUAUCUCUUGAAACCACCUGGCGUGCUAUGGAAGAUCUGGUUUCCAAGGGUUUAGUUCGCAGCAUUGGGAUCAGCAACUACGAUAUCUUUCUAACUAGAGAUUGCUUAGCUUACUCCAAAGUGAAGCCUGCUGUGAAUCAAAUCGAAACACAUCCCUAUUUUCAACGUGAUUCCCUUGUCAAAUUUUGUCUGAAGCAUGGUGUUAGUAUUACAGCUCACACUCCUCUAGGAGGUGCUGCAGCCAACACUGAAUGGUUCGGUUCAGUGUCAUGUUUGGAUGAUCCAGUUCUCAAAGGACUGGCUGCAAAAUACAAAAGAACUGUGGCUCAGAUUGUUCUUCGAUGGGGCAUCCAACGUAACACGGUCGUCAUUCCAAAGACAUCAAACCUUAAGAGAUUGGAAGAGAAUUUCCAAGUUUUUGACUUUGAGCUAACCAAGGAGGACAUGGACCAGAUUAAAAGUUUGGACAGGAAACAUCGAACCAAUACUCCUGGAAAGUUUUGGGGCAUAGAUUUGUAUGCAUAACUGCAUCGGCAAUUCUAAUCCUGCAAGAAUAAGAGUUUUGGAGCUAUUGGAAAUCCUUUGGAUUUGAACUGGCAUUCGAAACAUUUAAACUAUUAUUUUAGUUACUUUUCCAUAGCUCUUUAGAUCUUUUCAGUUUGAAAGCAAUGCUUGCAAGUUUAUUAUAUCAUGAGCACUAAACUCUGUAAUGUGAUGGUUCAUACCUGCAUCUUGGCUCUGUGGUGGAAUUACUUUUGUGCUUAAAACAGCUUAAGAAUCUAAUCAUUUUAACA